AUGAUGAUGUUGGCCCUCUUCCUUGCCGCCAGCACGGCUGUGAGCGCUGGGAGUGCUUACACGAGCCCCGAACCCCGGCGAGAUGGCUGCCAGUACCGGAAGGUCUCCCUGAAGACACAGCACGGGGCUGCGCUGUUGCAAAGCGUCUUCGAAGACGACCCGCUCGAGGGUUGGUUGACGCUGGACGGGCAGCCGUGCACACCUUCGUCCAAGUUCCACUGGCAUCCCAGCGCCGCGUUUCCAACCGUGAAGUAUCCGCCGGUGCCCGUGGAGGUCUCCACACUCGCGCGGGUGGCAGAUGUGAAGGCUCAGAAGGCGUUUCUUCGCUCCUUUCAGGGCCUCUCCGAUGUCACGGCCCACGACAUCCAGGAGGCGCUGCACGGUGAG